CCUACUGAUAUUGACAGAGACAGGAUAGAGGGCUGUAUUGUUGAAAGAGUGAGCGGUGCUUCCUCAAGCUUCGGUUUCGUGAAAGUAGACAAAAUAGUGAACAACAACCAGAGGGAAAUAUUCCUUGUAGUUGGCAAAGUUAGAUAGAAUAUCUUCAAGAUGGUUUGUGGGGGAUUUACGUGUUCUAAAAAUGCUCUUUGUUCUCUCAACGUGGUGUACAUGUUGGUUGGUCUGUUGCUGAUUGGCGUGGCAGCGUGGGGGAAAGGCUUCGGCAUCGUGUCCAGCAUCCACAUCAUCGGCGGGGUCAUCGCAGUGGGCGUCUUCCUACUGCUUAUCUCCAUCGUGGGUCUCAUUGGAGCCCUCAACCACCACCAAGUCAUGCUCUUCUUUUACAUGGUCAUUCUGUUCCUGGUGUUUCUUUUCCAGUUUGGUGUGUCCUGCUCCUGCCUGGCUAUUAACAAGGGACAGCAGGUGAAGCUGUUGAGUGCUACCUGGACAUUGAUGAGCAACGACACACGGCUGGGCGUGGAGAACAAGUUGAACUGCUGUGGGCUGCUGAACAACACCCAGAGCAAAGAGCAGUUCAACGAGGACGGAAAACUCUGCAAUGCGCCCUGUAAACAUAACAGGUUGUGUUUCACCUGUGGGGACUUGAUGCUGCAGCACGCUGCAGAGGCUCUGAAAAUCCUGGGUGCAGUAGGACUCUUCUUCAGCUUCACAGAGAUCUGGGGUGUGUGGCUGGCUGCACGUUACAGGAACCAGAAGGAUCCAAGAGCCAACCCCAGUGCGUUCCUAUAAGAGCAGAGCGUGAAGAGGUCCACAAGUUACGCACCAUGAUAUAGACAUACACCAGGGUACCAAACAUACACACACACAAAAUACAACAUUGGAAAUACACCGAUGUGCCAAUAUGAAAAGAACAACACACACUCGCAGCCUGAUGCCAAUUGACAACCCACUAAGUACCUUCUGGUUCUCACAUGUGCAUACACACGCACUGGGGAAGAAAAGGCCAUGUUGGUCUGUACAGUUUCUUCUCAUGUAUGAUAGGAUUGUUCAACAGCUUUUUUUUGUAUAACUUCUGUAUGUCAGUGUUUCUCAACCUCUGGUCUGUGGACCUGCACUGCUCUUUGGGAUAAUGGGGACCACUCCCUCAGAUGCUAAUACUUAUUUACUUUGUUCUUAAUUAGAAGUUUUAAACAACACAGUUCUCCAGAGGUAUAUCUGGUUCAUGUUCAUUAGGCACCAAACAGAAGAACAUGUACAGAAACGAGGGACCUGCACUUUUCCAAUAAGUUUUUAUUUUCCUUUCUACGUUUUGCUACGGUGUGCUCUAAUGAAUAUGAGCCUGUGCUCACUAGUCCCUGGGACCAAACCAGUUGAGAACGACCCCAUUCAGAGACCCCUCUCCCUGUCUGUCCAUGAUGUGGUUAGACUACACAGACGCAGCACCCUGUGCACCAACUACCAGCAUAGCACUGUGUGUGAUGGCAUACACAGAAUUGAUCUUAUUUUAACCAAGAAAAAUCAUUUAUAAUUUAAGGGUUUUGUCUAUGCCACAAAAUGUUGCAAUUGUGACAAUUUUACAUAGUAGGUUUCUGUUCAUUUUUAACAAGAUGUCAUUGUGUGCGGUGUGGCCAUCAAUAUUUAUUGACAAAGAAAGCAGUGCCAUAUAGAUCAUGUCAUGUUAGUGCCUCGGGUGGGAAUUAGAUUUUGUGCCAAACUAUUGAUUAAGAGGGGAUACUGAAUUGGAUAGUCUAUAGCGACAUUUCUCUUCCUUUAGAGCUAAAACAACACUUUAAUGGAGUUAAGAAUGAUGAGACAGUUCAGACAAAUGUGGGUGUAAUUCAGUUAACCCCCCCAUCCAUUCACAUAGCACUUUAUUCAACACAUGCAUUUGCUCCUGUAUAAUAUUACAUUUGUUUUGUUUGUGGUACUAUGGACACUAGAGGGCUUUUGACACUGAGUAAAAGUUGUCAUUAAACAAUUCAUCUGGACCACCAGAGAGUUAAUUGUGGAGAUGCUAUGGGAAAUGCAACAUGUUUUUCUCACAUCUCUCCUUGGCCUGUCCUGAUAUGCACCACCAUCACCUCAAUUGUCUCUAGACAGAGCUAGGACAUUUUAACAUAUUUAAUGAAUGAACAAAACAUGUUUGCCAGUGUUGAUCGUUGUCACACACUCCUUCAUAAAAUAAGUGCAGCCAGUUUCAAAAGUUGAGACAAACUGUAGUCUGGAGAUUGUAACACUUUGAUUAGGAAUAUACAAUGAAGGGAACAUGUAGAACUACAGCACAAAGCAAUGGGCAGCACAGUUUUUGGAUGAUCUAGCUUAAGUGGUGUUCCACUACCUGUCUUCAUAUAUUGACAUUUCAACCAUCUGAUCCUUUUCUGUGCAUAUUUGUUUCCACUUGAUCUAUUUUGUAAUUAACCUGAAAGUGUUUUCCUAGUGGCACCUAAACAGGUGCAGCCUGAUUUUAUUUAUUUGCCUGUCAUUGGGGGAAAUAAUUUUCUAUGGCCUAAUUGUUGCGAUCUUGGAGGAAGUUUAAAACUAGAGAUGUGCCUGUAGCUUUUAACCACCUGCCUAAAUACUUAGCAUACCAGUGACUGUUCACAACAAUUGUCAAUUAGCAGAGUUGAAGAAUGAGUUUUAAGUAUUGCCCUUAAUGGUAACCCUGCUAAAAGCCUUUGGUUGCACAGUGCCUCUGCACAGCAAUGGGUUGUCAGAGUUAGUAUUUUAGUCCCCUGUCACUUAAAUUAGUGAUGUGGCACUUCCAAAGGCUGUGAGACUGCCACUAUACGUCCUGACUCAAGGUUUUGACCCUAAACAUUUGAAAGGUUUUAGUUCCCUUAAAGUUUGUCCAUGAUUGACAGAAUGACUCAUGCUCACCCUCAGUGUUAACUUCCUGUUCUAGAUUAUGACAAUGACUCAGCUUCCUGUUGCUUUUCACCCAAAUGGCACCCUAUUCCCUAUAUAGUGGACUGCUUUCAAGUAGUGCACUAUAUACGGAACAGGAUGCCAUUUGGGACUCAAAUGUUCCUACUGUGGACUUGAUUGCCUGCUUAACCUUAAGGUUUCUUUUUUGUGCAACAUGUUUUUCCUAUUAAAUGUCAUGAUUCAGGA